GAGUAUAAAAGCAUGUCAUUUAUUUUAAAUUCAGAAGAAAAUUGUAAAAAUGAUAUUCAAAUACAAUCCAUUAAUCUUGUAUGUCCAGUAUGUAAUGUUGGAUAUAUAAACAAAAAAGAAUUCUACAAUCAUUUACGUAUCCAUACUGGAGAUGUACUAUUAAAACAUAUGCAAUAUUUUAAAAAAGAUACAAACAAUAGAUUAGAAACAGUGCCAAAAUAUUCGUUAUUAAAAAAAAGAGAUAAUAAUUUUUAUGAAACUAUAUUAAGACCUUUUAAAUGCCAACAAUGCAGUUUAACUUUUGACAGAGCUUCUCAAUAUGAUUAUCAUCAUCGAAGUAUACAUUUAGGAGAAAAAUCUCAGCUUUGUGAAAUCUGUGGCAAAAGCUUUUUUCGUAAAGCAGAUUUAAGAACCCAUUUAAAUAUUCACUUAGGUACAAAUAUUUGCAUUUGUGAAGUUUGUGGAAGAAAAUUUAAUCACAUAUCUAAUUUAAUUAGACAUUGCAGAAUGCAUGCUGGAAUAAAAUUAUAUCCAUGUUCCAUUUGUGGUAAACGUUUUACUCAGAUUAGUUCCCUUGCAAGACACAAACGUAUUCAUGAAAGGGUAAAAGAUGAUGUUAAAUUUCAUUUACAAAAUAAUUUCAACAAUAGUAAUUUACAGAAAAAAGAUGCAAUAUAUAAGAAUAAGUUUGUUGAAGGUAAUGCACCUAGUCAGCAAAAGGUUGUCAAGAGACAACAUUAUUGUAAAAUUUGUGGUGAAAGUUUCAAUUUUAUCUUUCUCUUAAGAGAGCAUGAGAAAUCCCAUUCAGAAACUUUGGAAUGUAAGAAUAAUAAGAUGAGUUUUCAGAAAACUAUAGAAUUUAAAAAACAAACCGAGUAUAAUGAUAAUUUUGAUUUCUUUGAAAAUGAAAUAAAUAUAAAAAAAGUUUUACCAUUAGAAACAAUUAUUUAUAUCACAUCAGAACAGUUGAAGAAAAUUAAUUUAGAAAAUGUUGAAGACAAUAGAAAUCACAUUUCACAAGAAAAUUUAUGUGAAACAAAGAUUUUAGCAGAUGAGGAAUUAAAUAUCUCUCAGAAAGUAACAUUUAAGAAUGAACAAACUCAAUUUGUUCAAGAUACUCCACAUUUGUCAUGUAAAUCUAAUUGCAUAGAAAAAGAAAAUGUAACAUAUGUUUGUCAAGUAGACGAAAAUAUUCUAAAAAGUAAAUUAUGUAUACAAACAUGCGAAUUAGACUUACAAAAAUCCGAAACGAAUUAUAAUACUUUAAUAAAUAAUUCUGUAAAUGUUACUGAUAUGUUUCAAAAGAUAGACCUCUCAGAAUCUAAUAGCAAUGAACAUAUUAAUUCUGAUUCAAAUAUAAAUAAAAAUCGGGAAAUAAAUUUAAUACAAAGUGGAAAAAUAUCUGAUGAUUUAAAUGAUAUAAAUAAUAUUGUAAAUCAUGAUGAAUCAAUGUUGCGAUUAGUACAGACAGAAACAGGAGAACAAUUUUACGAAUUUUUAAUUAACAAUUUAGUUGAAAAAUUACCGAAUACACAAUCUGCAAAAAAUCAUGAGAAUAAAGAUGAUACAAAUAUAAAUGAAGGAAAUCAUCAAGAGCAAAAUAUACGAGAUGAUUUACAUAAUGACUUAAAUUAUGUGCAAUAUGAAUUACAAGAGGAAGAAAAAAAUUUUGUUACAAAUCAAAUUUUAUUAGACACACAAUCUGAUUUUGAUAAAUAUGUUGAAACAAAUUUCGAAGUAUUUGAAAGAUUAAAUUACGAUGACAGUUCCGAACGGUUUCUUGAAUUUGUUGAAACAGGACUUGAGAAUCAAAGCUCAAAAAUUUCAGAAUGUAAUAAAGAAAGUGAAGAAUUCUUACAGUUUCAAAAUUUUAAUCAAGUUAAUGCUCUACAAUCAAAUGAAGAAAAUAUUAUUAGUAAUAAUAACAGUAAUAAUGCAAUUAUUAAAACCAAUGGAAAACAAGAAAAAAAUGAAAAUGACAUUAGUAUUAAUGAAAAACCAAAGAAUGAACAAGAUUCAAAAAAAACAAAAACUUUUUUAAUAAAAUUUCAAUGUACAGUAUGUGAAAAAUCUUUUUCAACUAGUUACAAUUAUAAACAACAUAUAGGUACUCAUUUUGCAGAUCAGCAAAAAUUUCAUUGUAAAGAUUGCAAAAUAUCUUUUGCUUGGAAAUCAACAUUAAAUAAACAUAUCGCAAAUAAUCAUAGACCAGAUGGUCCACAGAAAUUUGCAUGUGAUAUAUGUAAUAAAAUUUAUAACACUUCUUCGCAAGUAAAUGAACAUGUAAAACGUGAUCAUUUAAAACAACGAAAUCAUGUUUGUUCUCAAUGCGGUAAAUCAUUUUUUAAAAAAUACGAUUUAAAAAUACAUGGUAGAAUUCAUACUGAUGAACGACCUUAUGUCUGUCGCGCUUGUGGAAAAAGAUUUCAUCAUCGAAGUCAUAUUAUUCGACACGAACGGAUACAUUUUUAGGAAAAUAUAAGCUUGUCUUUAUUUAUUCAGGAAACAAAAUGUAAUAAUAAUUAUAAUUUUCUUAAAUAAGAAAUAAUAAUAAUAUAUAUAUAUAUAUAUAUAUAUAUAUAUGUACAUAUCAUGUUGUUCUGUUAUACUGUUUACAAUGUAAUAUGUAUGAAUUAUUGUAAGCAGUUAAUACAUAUUGUAAAGCAUUUAAAAUGUUUUAUAAAUGAUUAUUUUUUAAUAAAAAAGAAAAUAUUAA